GACGAGUGGACAAGGGAGUUACGUCGGGUGCGAUCCCUGCGGAAAGCAGCAAGUGGGGGGAGGGAAAGAUAUGCUUGGUAGUGGGAUCCCGUUGGAGCGCUAUAAGAGGUCAUUAUUGCCCUCGGCCAUUAGGCUCUAUAAUGAGUUAACCUUUAGCCGGGGAAGUGAUGAUGUCACCCCCCCCCACCCCCCGUUAGACUGAGGUAACUUAUUUUUUUAUUCUGUCUAUUUCUCUUCUAAUAAUUGUAUAUCUGUGCACUUGUAAUGCUACAGUGACACUGUAAUUUCCUUUGGGAUCAAUAAAGUAUCUAUCUUUCCAAUUUCUGAAUGGACAUUGAACCCAUUAACACUAGCUCACUAUUUUAUUUUUGCACUAUUUAUUUAAUUCAACUAUUUUAUGUAAUACACACACACACCUGUUGUAAUUCACAGCUUUAUUCUUUGUUAUUUUGCAUUGUACUACUGCCGCAAAGUGAACAGAUUUCAAGACAUUUGCUGGUGAUAUUAAACCUGAUUCUGAUAUGUGACGAUGUUAAACCAAUUCCAAUUCCCUCACUGUGAACUCUAAAUGCUGUGGAUUUAAGCUGUUUCACCACCGGAAGAGCUUCCGGUUAGGAUGGCACUACCAAACAUGCACGACAGCUCUCCAGUAGUUAAAAAGAUAAGAAAUCCUGAUGCACCAUCAAUAACUCUCGGAGACGUAAGGCGAGGUAUAGGUUUUUAUUGGCUGGAAGAAAGAACAAGCAGCAAAUGACCACCAUACUACAUCCUGGAGACUGAGGCCGGGGCUGUGUUCCAAUCGCCUUUACCGGGGUCUGUGGGAGGAGCCACAGGAGCAGUCAGUGGGGGGGGGGGGGGCGUGUCCAGACAGGUAUAUGUAGUUCACCACAAAUCCGACUACAAAUUUGACUUAAAAUACUUUUUCUGCCAUAAUUUGUGUUUGCCGCAAACAGUGAAGGGGCAAGUGAUGUGGAGGUGAGUUCAGGGGGAUGAGUCAAGAUGGCGUGUUGCAAUAUCGUUGUAGAUGGGGUUCCAAUGCCCGUAUGAUUGCCCAGGUGAAAAUUUGCACUGCUUUGGGCACUAAGCUGGAGUGCUUGAGAGUGGCUUUGGGCUGGGCAGCAAAACCGGGCCAGGAGCCCAGACCCUAGUAUAAGGUAUGAUUCGCUAUUUAGACCAUUUUAAAUGAUGGUCGAGGUCAGAGGUGAAAGCUGAUUUCACUUGCUCUCCACUCUCCAGGACACCAGAGUCUUUCCCUGUUCCAUUGUUCGAUCAAUUUAAACUCUGGCCCAAAUAGACUGAAAAGACAGGGUGUGGGGAUCUGAGGCGGGAGUUGAUUUCACUUGUUCUCCAUGUUGGUCAUUCCUCUCUCCAAGGCGUUGAGGUUAUGACUGCUGCCCUGCUGCAAAAAUGAUGAACUGACAGGCGAGGUUUUGGGCCUACUCUAGGGUUGGUAUCUGAGGGCUCAAUUUGGUCUGGAAUGUUGUUGAUCUCUUCAAUAGUUUCUUUUUCUCCUUUUUCUUGUGCAUUAAGUGUUGGACUUCUAUUUUUAUUUGUAUUCCUUUUUCUUUCAUUGGGUUCUUUCGAGUUUCUUGCUUUGUGGCUACCAUGAGGAACAAUUCUCAAGGUUGUAUAAUGUAUACAUUUUUUGAUAAUAAAUGUACUUGACUCUUGAAUCACUCUAUUACUGGGUGUAGGAGCACAGUAACUGCCCAUCAAAGGGUUAUCACGUUGCUUGGAUCGGUACUUUGGAAACGAAAUUGAAUACGCUAUGGCAAUGCAGUUUGCCUCGGCUCCUCCCCCCUGUCACUCAGGUCGCCCUCGGCCGAGCCGCGCUCUAAUUCGCUGCUGCAGCUGUCUGUCAGGUUGCUGCCCCCGCCUCUUGUCGUGACGUCAGAGCGACUGAUUCCCGGAGUCGCCCCGAUAUAAAACAAAACAAAAGUCUUUUUUAAAAAUGUUUUCCGCCUCGGUUUUUCUGUUCGAUCGGCAUUCCGCGGGCGGAGCGGAAAUCGGGGAACCGGAGCGGGAGAACCGGCGGUUGCCCGGGGUCAUGGGGUGGAGGUCGGAGGUUAGGCCGGGAAGAUGGCGGCGGGAGAUUCAAAGGUUCCGGAGUGAAGUGAGAGAGAGGCUGGCCUUGUUUUGAGAGAUGUGACCAUGAGCUUUACCAACCCUGCUCUACAAGCAGACACUUUCGUCUCGCUACCACUGAUGAGGAAGUUUGAUGCCUUGCAUUUCCCAGCGAAGAUGUACACCCCUCAGGACUACGGUGACGAAGACAGCCUCCCCAUCUGGGCAGCUCCGAAACCUCUGCUCCUGGGACCAGCUCAGGUGGACUCUGUUUCUGACCUGGAUGUUUCACUGACACCAGACAAGAUGAACAGAUGUACAGGAAUACUGAAGAAGCAGGAGAAGAGGGUCGGUGAAGGAGUGAGCGGGAGAGCUGGACGUCGACAGGUUCACUUUGACACUGGCUGUGAGUCCAAGAGCCCUGACAGGGAACGUUUCAUCCUAGGAGAUCCAGAGAGCAGGCCAGAAGACAGGCGACCUGUAAACCCGGCUCUGGAACUGGAUCCCAAAAUGAGCGAAUCCGUCGUCCAGCCACCGACCAAUCCGUCGUCCAUUUUCUCUGCGGACCAAAAGGAUAAGGACAGGGUGGUUAAACCGGCCAGAGUGAGCACGCUGUCUGGGCGCCGGGGAGUGUGUGACGAUCGUCAGGACAGUCCCCUGGUUGUGCCCGAGUACAACACCACCCUGGUACUGGGGCAGGAGCUGCAGCAGCUGAAGGCAGCGAGCUUUGAUGCGAAGAAGGCUGCUGCCGACCAGCUGAAGCGGUCGUUGGUCACAAGACAGUGCAUGGAGGGCAAAGUGACAGAAGGCCUGAACGUGCCGAAAGACCAGCUGCGUUACAGGGGGCUGGUCAGCCUGGAGGUGCCCGUGGACGAGGUGCUGAACGUGGCUGUUCGGGAGAAAAUGCAGCUGGUCAAACCCAGAGUGGAGAAUAAGCAGCCCACGGUUGGUGUAGAAGCUCCUGACUUGAUGGUGUUCUACAGGGCCUCAGAACUACUGGUCGAGGACCCCCACCUCUCCGUGGAUGGUCUUCCACCACUGAAGGAUCUACAAGAGGCUGCACGGCUGAUGGGUGAACUAAACAGGAACCUUUCCUACUGGGCUGAGAAAACAGGGGAUGUGGAGAAAUUGGCCCAGGUGUGGAGUAUGUUUCAGAACAAACUGGCAACAGUCGUGAGCUCGCUGCCAAGUGUAACGAAGUAGCCCCACGGUCCUCAAGAUUGGCUGCUUGUGUUCUGGUCGAAGGAUUGCAACUAUGGGAAAAAGACCUGAGGCAGAGAAAGCAAACCUCCUCUUGGAAAUGUUUAUUGAUCUGUCUACACAAUGAUAGAUUUUCACUUUUCUGUUUUUAAAAAUCUUCAGCAUCUUGUUCCUGCUUGCUUAAGUCAUGGAUGAAUUUGCAGGGGAAUGGAGUGCUUUGGGCUGAGAUGCUCCCUUAAAAAAGGAGUUUCCUCCCUUAUGGUAUCCACCACAACAAAAAUGCUAAUACAUUAUUCGAGGAUCAUGCGGAUCACAAGCAUUGAAUGCUGUAUCAAUUUAUUUGUCAUCAUCAGUCCAGAUUAGUGUUCGCAAUAAUAAAAAGCCUCUAGAGCAGAUAGUUUUUCUGCUCCAGUUGCUGUGAAAGCUCGAUGGAUUUGAACACACUCUUAACAACAAAACUCAAAGCGUUCAUUCUUCCAAUACAUGCUGAAACUCUUGGGUCUAAUAAACUGUAGAUAAACUCACAAUCGUCUACUCGGGCCCAGAUUAUUUGUACCAGGAAAUUUCUGGAUCAUUUGCUCUGAAACACUGCGAAACACAUCACUUAAUGUUGGCAAAACGCCUGCUUUGCUUGGCUGUGUGUUUACAGGGAGAAAUGUCGGAAAUCGAGGCAUGACAAUGUUAUUUCUUGAAAACGAUUUGUAAUAGGACCAUAGAAUCUCUACUAGUAGUACUUGAGCUGAGUUUUAAUGAAACUAUCCAGCUGAUUUCUCCCUUCUGCUGCCACAGUUGUAUGAAAGACAAACUGUUUUACUGUACCAGCUGCAUCCUGUUGUAGGGGUAAGGUUUGUUAGUUAUUACUAAUGAUUGAAGGACUAUUUGGUCCUUUGCCAUUUAAAAGGCAAUAUUGAAUGUGUUGUUAACUUGAUACUUUAAUAAAUUAAUCAUCGCAAA